AUGAGAGAAGUUAUUAGUAUUAAUGUCGGCCAAGCUGGUUGUCAGAUAGGUAAUGCCUGUUGGGAAUUAUACUCUCAAGAACACGGUAUUAAACCAGAUGGGUACUUGCAAGAUGGUCUUUCCAGACCAAAAGGUGGUGAGGAAGGCUUCUCCACUUUCUUUUACGAGACUGGCUCAGGCAAAUAUGUUCCUAGAGCAGUGUAUGUCGAUUUGGAACCUAAUGUGAUCGACGAAGUCAGAAACGGUGCUUAUAGAGAUUUGUUCCAUCCCGAACAAUUGAUCAGCGGUAAGGAAGACGCUGCAAAUAAUUAUGCUCGUGGUCAUUACACUGUUGGUAGAGAGUUAUUAGAUGACAUUCUGGAUAGAAUCAGAAGAAUGGCAGACCAAUGUGAUGGUUUACAAGGUUUCUUGUUCACUCACUCCUUGGGUGGUGGUACAGGUUCUGGUCUAGGUUCUUUACUACUUGAACAAUUAUCUGUUGAUUAUGGUAAGAAAUCUAAAUUAGAAUUUGCCGUAUACCCUGCUCCUCAAGUUUCUACAUCUGUCGUGGAACCAUAUAAUACUGUGUUGACUACGCAUACUACCCUUGAACAUGCUGAUUGUACAUUUAUGGUGGAUAACGAAGCCAUCUACGAUAUGUGUAAACGUAAUUUGAACAUUGCAAGGCCAAGUUUCUCAAACUUGAAUACUUUGAUUGCCCAAGUUGUCUCUUCCGUGACUGCAUCUUUAAGAUUCGACGGUUCUUUGAAUGUCGAUUUGAACGAAUUCCAAACGAAUUUAGUCCCAUAUCCAAGAAUCCAUUUCCCAUUAGUAUCAUAUGCUCCAAUUUUAUCAAGUAACAAGGCUCAUCACGAAGCUAACUCUGUUUCUGAGAUUACAAACGCCUGUUUCGAACCAGGUAACCAAAUGGUUAAAUGUGAUCCAACAACAGGUAAAUACAUGGCUACAUGUCUACUAUACAGGGGUGAUGUUGUUACAAGAGAUGUCCAAGCAGCCGUUACCCAAGUGAAAAAUAAAAAGACUGUACAAAUGGUUGACUGGUGUCCAACUGGUUUCAAGAUUGGUAUUUGUUAUGAACCACCUACUGCUACCCCAGAUUCCCAAUUGGCUAAGGUCGAUAGAGCGGUUUGUAUGCUAUCAAACACAACUGCUAUUGCUGAUGCUUGGAAGAGAAUUGAUGCUAAAUUCGAUUUAAUGUAUGCUAAACGUGCAUUCGUACACUGGUACGUUGGUGAAGGUAUGGAAGAAGGUGAGUUCACUGAAGCAAGAGAAGAUUUAGCUGCGCUAGAGAGAGAUUACAUUGAAGUUGGUUCCGACUCCUAUGCUGACGAAGAAUUUUAA